AGUUAAUAAUGAUGACAAGCGGGUAAAAUUAAAUUGAUUUGUAUGUAAGAAAAUAAUAUCAAAAUAGUUUGACCUAAUGAGCCGUCUAAUUAAUGUUAAAUUGUUUACUAACUAAAAUAAUUAAACUAAUUUAUUGGCAAACUACAGAGAGGUUCAUUAUUUCUUUAGACUUUUACGGUUAUUAAAUUAUUAAUAUAGUAUAUUCGUUGAUACAAUUAGGCGCGACAUUAAAUCUUAAAAACUAAAAACUAAUCAAGCUUCUCGCUAAAAUAUUGUGCAUUUUUUGCGCUGGACGAAGUACCGUGCCAUCAAAAUAAAGUUAACAACAUCUCAUUAAUCCUCACGGUAAAUUGUUGAGAAUAGAUCAUUUCAAGAGUUAUGCAAUUGAUCAAAUGCGAAAUCCCAUCAAAGAAGAUGGAAUUUUCUUCUAAUCAAGAAUAUCGAUAUGAUCGUGCUGUCUAUUAGUCUAUUAACGAAUAGCAUUUUUUUUAUCAUAUCACAUAAUUAUCGUAGCGAAUUUUGAGUGCUCCGCCCGGCACUAUCUUUGGCGUAAAAUCCGCGUGCAAUCGCUGCAAUCGAUUUGGUCCAAAGUGCGAGCGCCUACAGACGGCCCUCGAAAACGUUCAAAACCUCAUAGUUUGUUUAAAGGAAGCGCAUAUGCCUCGCCGUCGACGAAACAGCAACAUGCCUGAUGUGAAGGUUCUCGUCGGCUCCUCCGUGGGGAAGAAACCCGAGCCCAAGGGUCCCAACGCCAAGGAUAUCGUCCUUGGUUUGAUGGAGAGCAUGUGCCACGGCAUUAUUUUGGCCAUGUUCAUCUCGGUCACUUGGUUCAGCUUUGUCAAUUUCAACAUUUUUUCGUUCCAUCCACCUUUAUUUACUGCGGGGUAUUUAAUUUUCAUGACGGAAGGCUUCUUGAUCUUCUUGCCGCACAGCGUCAUAACCAAAGACUGGCCGCGCGUGUCAGUGGUCAAAACACACUGGCUGCUGCAAGUGACCGGCUUCUGCUGCAUUUUCCUCGGCAUGAUCGCCGUGGUCACCAUCAAACUGCAGAACGGCUUACCGCACUUCGCCUUCACACAUUCCAUCACCGGUUUAGUGGCCGUGAUUUUGGCCGUCCUCACCGGCCUAGGCGGAUUCGUGAGCAGGCUGAAACCGCACCCUAAAGGACCGUCGUUGGCCCAAAUCAAGCUGGGCCACGUUUGCCUAGGGAUAGCGGCCUAUUGCGUGGGAAUCGCAGCGCUUGUGUUGGGAUACUUCACCAACUAUUUCUCAAAAUUGGUCGAUUACGAGUGGAGGGUAUUCAUGGCUGUUGUCACCUCCCUCGUGGCAACGGUUGCCCUUGUAAACGCUUGCUUUGGGUUUUACCGGCGGGCCAAAAAUCUAUUAAGUUAGUGAUUGCGUGCAUCUUAUGAGAUGGGACUUUGAUCUUUUAUGUUUCUUACACUUACAUAACUACUGCAGACACAGACACAAAUAUGACGGGUGAUUGUUCCUUUUAUCUGUGUAUGGUGAUUAAAGUGAUUUAAGAUUAAGCUGCCAAAUACUCUAGAAUAACGAGGCAUGUGUUCAGAGAGUGAUUCUAUAUCAAUUCCAGAUUGAUACUUUCAUGUUAUGAUGAUUGAUUGAGUGAAUGCGGAAGGAAAAUAUUUUUAUAUAAGCUGUAUUUUCUCUUACAAAAUCCAUAGUAUUGUAUAAUAAAUGGAAGUCAACAAAACA